AUGAGUUCGUAUAGCAUUUGCACACUUGGUGCUCCUGGAGCCGCGCCAGCACCGCCAACCAACAACGAGGACGACAACGACGAAGUGAACGACCGGGGUGUGAGCAAAGGCAAUUUCUCACGGAAUUCGAGUCGAUCGAACAUUUCCGACGCCGAGCAACUCGACGACGCGCCAUUCGUCAGCCAUCAGCUCGACGACGAGCAAGAAUCCUUUUCUGAGAAGUUUUUACGGAAUAUUCUGACGCACGAUUAUCUGAGUCUAAUGCCACGUCGCCGCGAGAAAUUCGUCGAAAUCACCAAAACGGUGACCGUCACCGAGGUGGUGAACGGCGCAGCCGACAAACAUCCGUCAUCUUGUGAAGUCAAAGUCACCAACAUUGCUUCUGCUGGGCCGCAUCCAGUGAACGUCUCGAUCAAGAGGUUGCACGAGAAAUAUCAUUCGUGUGAAGAACUCGACGGAAAAAUGGAUGAUAAGAAGGGUAAAGGAACCGUUAUUCGAAUCCAGGAAACACAUCAGCCAUAUGAAGGACCGGAACUUGAAAAGAACUCCUAUGAGGAAGUCAUUAGAAAUAUUGUUGAACAAGAAUGCCUGGAGCGUUCAGAUCUACCAGAUGAUGUGCCUCGAUUUGACAGAAGAAGCGAUAACAUUAUUGAUCUUGAAUUCACAAUACCCGUCGAUAGUGAAUCGAAACGACUCAACUCAAACCAAAGCGGUAAUUCAACCGGUCGUCGAAAGUUCGCCGAUCUGCGCAAAAACGUGACGACAAGAACGUCGGUGACCGAAACUGAAAAGAUCACAACGACGCGGAGGAGUAGCAGUGUAGGAACCAGAAACCCGGAAGUUCAACAAUUGUACUAUAGGAAAUAUGAGGAGACUUCAAACGGUGACGACGAACAACAAGAAUCAGAUUCCGAUAGUGUUGUCAUCCAUGAUGACGUCGAGCACAGUACCAGAUCAUAUAGCAUCGAAUCACAACCAGUGGCACCACCGAGGAAACGGCUUGGACGUGAAGAAUCUCUCCACUAUUAUCGUGAAGACGAAAAUUAUGAAGAGCAACACAUUUCCGAAUAUGACGAGGCCACAAUCGAAAGAAGUCGCGCUCAUCUGAAGUCCCCUUUACCUGGCGUCACCUCGGUUUCCAUGAACAAUAUGGAUGGGUAUGAAAACUUGACAGCUGGUAUCACAAGUGUCUCAAUGAACAAUUCUUGCACGGACACAUCAUUUGAGUCGAGAUACUCGACGAUACCACGAGCUCGGUCGUCGCCACCAUCGCGAGUGAACCACAUCCAGGUCAAUGUGAUCGGACCAACAGAUGACAUUCCUGGAGAGCCUACCAUCAUUGGUCACACUGGCGAAGAUUUGACAAUGAACAUAAUCAUCAAGAGGAGAAGAUCAUCAUCAGAACAAAUGGAACAAUAUGAGGAAUUGAGUUCUGCACCGCCGAAACCACCACGAAGAACUAAAUACGACGACGCUAUUGGUGUGCCACUCGCAACAUCCACACCAUUCACAACAAUGGAUCGCAAAGAAGCAAGAACCAGCACUGAUUCAGAGCCAGCAAGCAGGAAGAGCUCAAGGCCACCAGAUAUUAAUAUCAUUUCCUGUGAUGACGCUCGAUCGCCGGCAAGAACUCCAGCAACUCCAAUAGUUGUUGUCAAUCAGACACCAACCUCUCGAAGAAGCUCGCAGGAUCUUCUCUCUGAUCAAAAUGGGCAACGACGACGAAAGAGUACCGUAACUGACAUCGAUUGGUAUGCUGCAUUUAACAUGAAGGAUCCAUCGUCACCAGCGAAACCGCCCAAAUCGCCAUAUGAGACCGAACGAAAACCGUCCACUGAGAAUAAAAGAAGAUCUUCCGUGCCAAGCAGAACAACAUCAAUCGCAGAUGCUGAUAUCGACUUGAAUCAGAUCUUUCCAUGCACUUCAACCAUCAAAAAUGACGAUGAAAAAUGCCAAUGCAAUGCUUGUCAGUUGACAAAAUUGAGUGCUGCGGAAUUGGAAAGACGAAGAGCCGAACAAAGAUCACCAGGAAAGCUUCUUUUGAACGAUAUUAGUAAUCACCAAAAUAAUUAUGCAACACUCCCAUCACGGCUAAGAACAUCGCCUGUCAAUAUCUCUCUUGACGAGAUAUUCAACAUCAAUACGACGAGGAAGCGCUCGCAACAGAUCGUCGAAGAUUUUUCAGCCAUUGAAAAAUCUUCACCAACUGCUGAGAUUAUCGAUGAGUACCAGGUGAAUGAAUCGCUAACUAACAGGAACGCUGGGGAAUCGUAUUAUGUUGACAAAAAACCGCAUGAGGCUGAUCAGUUGCUUGGUGUUGUACAGCAAGACGCUCAAAUGUCGACACUAACCACGAUGACGGUCACUACAAAUAAAAUGGAGAGUGAUUUGGGAGUUGCUGAGAAAGAGACUACAGAAAAACCUCGUGAUAUACAGAAGGUUCCCAGGAAACUUUCUGUAACUCGUCGUAUUAGUAUGGAAGAGCUGAAAAACGAUGUGAAGAAUACGAGUAGAAAAGACAGCAAAUCGCCACCUAUCAACAUCACGAUUGACGACAUCUUUGAGGCAUUGACACCACCAUCGGAAAAACAAUUUAUUAUCACGAAGAAAACCGCCACAGAAAACAUCCUUGCGUUUGAUUCUGAGACUCCGACUCCGCCACCGCGAUCAGCGAAGAAACAUUUACAACGAGAGGCAGAGACGAUGGAAACUUCCACUGAAACGAUCACAAUCAAUAAAGUUACAAACAAAAAUGGAAAUGACGCAAAAGAUGUUGAUUUGAACAAACAGAACGGAGAAGUUUCCAAGAAGCAUUCACGAGAAUCUCUACACAGUAUUCAACAUCCACUUCAUCUGAAAGUGUCCCUUGAUGAAAUUUCUCGGCAAAAUUUAGAAAUUGACGCGCAAAAAGCCAAUACUAAUCAACACAGUGAUCAUGAGUCGUUGAAAAAUGUUGAAAUUGAAAUAGCAUUUGAGAAACACGAGCAGGAAUCUGAUUAUGACAUACUUAUUUCUCAGAACGAUGACGCAGGAAAGAAUGCCACUGAAGAGAACACAUGCAAAUAUGCUUCUGAAGCUACCAUCAACCUCUUUGGAACCACCAUUGGUCUCGAUAACAACAAAGGAACACCAAUACCAAGUGCAGUUAAUGAUGAAAUUGCUAAACAUCGAACCAUCGAAAGAACUGAGAGGAAGCAGAUUACCGAAGAACCAUCAUCGUCCGAGAAGCCUCAUGUCUCAAAGACGACCAUCAGUCUUGAUGACAUCUUCGUCGAAGGAACGCCAAGACCAAAGUCCGAUGAGGAUGAGGACAAGAUCGCUCAACGACUCAAGGAGUUUGAAGACACCCUUCGGGACAAGGCCAGAAGAACCGUCGAAUCGGAUUCGACUACCACGACACGUCAAACCGUCGAAACCACUGUCUCCUUGGAUGAUGUCUUUGACACCAAGAAGAGGCAGAUCACCGAAGAACCAUCAUCGUCCAAGAAGCCUCAUGUCUCAGAGACGACUAUCAGUCUUGAUGACAUCUUCGUCGAAGGAACGCCAAGACCAAAGUCUGAUGAGGAUGAGGACAAGAUCGCUCAACGACUCAAGGAGUUUGAAGACACCCUUCGGAACAAGGCCAGAAGAACCGUCGAAUCGGAUUCGACUACCACGACACGUCAAACCGUCGAAACCACUGUCUCCUUGGAUGAUGUCUUUGACACCAAGAAGAGGCAGAUCACCGAAGAACCAUCAUCGUCCAAGAAGCCUCAUGUCUCAGAGACGACUAUCAGUCUUGAUGACAUCUUCGUCGAAGGAACGCCAAGACCAAAGUCUGAUGAGGAUGAGGACAAGAUCGCUCAACGACUCAAGGAGUUUGAAGACACCCUUCGGGACAAGGCCAGAAGAACCGUCGAAUCGGAUUCGACUACCACGACACGUCAAACCGUCGAAACCACUGUCUCCUUGGAUGAUGUCUUUGACACCAUGAAGAAGAAGAUCACCGAAGAACCAUCAUCGUCCGAGAAGCCUCAUGUCUCAGAGACGACUAUCAGUCUUGAUGACAUCUUCGUCGAAGGAACGCCAGGACCAAAGUCUGAUGAGGAUGAGGACAAGAUCGCUCAACGACUCAAGGAGUUUGAAGACACCCUUCGGGACAAGGCCAGAAGAACCGUCGAAUCGGAUUCGACUACCACGACACGUCAAACCGUCGAAACCACUGUCUCCUUGGAUGAUGUCUUUGACACCAAGAAGAAGAAGAUCACCGAAGAACCAUCAUCGUCCGAGAAGCCUCAUGUCUCAGAGACGACUAUCAGUCUUGAUGACAUCUUCGUCGAAGGAACGCCAAGACCGAAGUCUGAUGAGGAUGAGGACAAGAUCGCUCAACGACUCAAGGAGUUUGAAGACACCCUUCGGGACAAGGCCAGAAGAACCGUCGAAUCGGAUUCGACUACCACGACACGUCAAACCGUCGAAACCACUGUCUCCUUGGAUGAUGUCUUUGACACCAAGAAGAGGCAGAUCACCGAAGAACCAUCAUCGUCCAAGAAGCCUCAUGUCUCAGAGACGACUAUCAGUCUUGAUGACAUCUUCGUCGAAGGAACGCCAAGACCAAAGUCUGAUGAGGAUGAGGACAAGAUCGCUCAACGACUCAAGGAGUUUGAAGACACCCUUCGGGACAAGGCCAGAAGAACCGUCGAAUCGGAUUCGACUACCACGACACGUCAAACCGUCGAAACCACUGUCUCCUUGGAUGAUGUCUUUGACACCAAGAAGAAGAAGAUCACCGAAGAACCAUCAUCGUCCGAGAAGCCUCAUGUCUCAGAGACGACUAUCAGUCUUGAUGACAUCUUCGUCGAAGGAACGCCAAGACCGAAGUCUGAUGAGGAUGAGGACAAGAUCGCUCAACGACUCAAGGAGUUUGAAGACACCCUUCGGGACAAGGCCAGAAGAACCGUCGAAUCGGAUUCGACUACCACGACACGUCAAACCGUCGAAACCACUGUCUCCUUGGAUGAUGUCUUUGACACCAAGAAGAGGCAGAUCACCGAAGAACCAUCAUCGUCCAAGAAACCUCAUGUCUCAGAGACGACUAUCAGUCUUGAUGACAUCUUCGUCGAAGGAACGCCAAGACCAAAGUCUGAUGAGGAUGAGGACAAGAUCGCUCAACGACUCAAGGAGUUUGAAGACACCCUUCGGGACAAGGCCAGAAGAACCGUCGAAUCGGAUUCGACUACCACGACACGUCAAACCGUCGAAACCACUGUCUCCUUGGAUGAUGUCUUUGACACCAAGAAGAAGCAGAUCACCGAAGAACCAUCAUCGUCCGAGAAGCCUCAUGUCUCAGAGACGACUAUCAGUCUUGAUGACAUCUUCGUCGAAGGAACGCCAAGACCAAAGUCUGAUGAGGAUGAGGACAAGAUCGCUCAACGACUCAAGGAGUUUGAAGACACCCUUCGGGACAAGGCCAGAAGAACCGUCGAAUCGGAUUCGACUACCACGACACGUCAAACCGUCGAAACCACUGUCUCCUUGGAUGAUGUCUUUGACACCAAGAAGAGGCAGAUCACCGAAGAACCAUCAUCGUCCAAGAAGCCUCAUGUCUCAGAGACGACUAUCAGUCUUGAUGACAUCUUCGUCGAAGGAACGCCAAGACCGAUGUCUGAUGAGGAUGAGGACAAGAUCGCUCAACGACUCAAGGAGUUUGAAGACACCCUUCGGGACAAGGCCAGAAGAACCGUCGAAUCGGAUUCGACUACCACGACACGUCAAACCGUCGAAACCACUGUCUCCUUGGAUGAUGUCUUUGACACCAUGAAGAAGAAGAUCACCGAAGAACCAUCAUCGUCCGAGAAGCCUCAUGUCUCAGAGACGACUAUCAGUCUUGAUGACAUCUUCGUCGAAGGAACGCCAGGACCAAAGUCUGAUGAGGAUGAGGACAAGAUCGCUCAACGACUCAAGGAGUUUGAAGACACCCUUCGGGACAAGGCCAGAAGAACCGUCGAAUCGGAUUCGACUACCACGACACGUCAAACCGUCGAAACCACUGUCUCCUUGGAUGAUGUCUUUGACACCAAGAAGAAGCAGAUCACCGAAGAACCAUCAUCGUCCGAGAAGCCUCAUGUCUCAGAGACGACUAUCAGUCUUGAUGACAUCUUCGUCGAAGGAACGCCAAGACCAAAGUCUGAUGAGGAUGAGGACAAGAUCGCUCAACGACUCAAGGAGUUUGAAGACACCCUUCGGGACAAGGCCAGAAGAACCGUCGAAUCGGAUUCGACUACCACGACACGUCAAACCGUCGAAACCACUGUCUCCUUGGAUGAUGUCUUUGACACCAAGAAGAGGCAGAUCACCGAAGAACCAUCAUCGUCCAAGAAGCCUCAUGUCUCAGAGACGACUAUCAGUCUUGAUGACAUCUUCGUCGAAGGAACGCCAAGACCAAAGUCUGAUGAGGAUGAGGACAAGAUCGCUCAACGACUCAAGGAGUUUGAAGACACCCUUCGGGACAAGGCCAGAAGAACCGUCGAAUCGGAUUCGACUACCACGACACGUCAAACCGUCGAAACCACUGUCUCCUUGGAUGAUGUCUUUGACACCAAGAAGAGGCAGAUCACCGAAGAACCAUCAUCGUCCAAGAAGCCUCAUGUCUCAGAGACGACUAUCAGUCUUGAUGACAUCUUCGUCGAAGGAACGCCAAGACCGAUGUCUGAUGAGGAUGAGGACAAGAUCGCUCAACGACUCAAGGAGUUUGAAGACACCCUUCGGGACAAGGCCAGAAGAACCGUCGAAUCGGAUUCGACUACCACGACACGUCAAACCGUCGAAACCACUGUCUCCUUGGAUGAUGUCUUUGACACCAUGAAGAAGAAGAUCACCGAAGAACCAUCAUCGUCCGAGAAGCCUCAUGUCUCAGAGACGACUAUCAGUCUUGAUGACAUCUUCGUCGAAGGAACGCCAGGACCAAAGUCUGAUGAGGAUGAGGACAAGAUCGCUCAACGACUCAAGGAGUUUGAAGACACCCUUCGGGACAAGGCCAGAAGAACCGUCGAAUCGGAUUCGACUACCACGACACGUCAAACCGUCGAAACCACUGUCUCCUUGGAUGAUGUCUUUGACACCAAGAAGAAGCAGAUCACCGAAGAACCAUCAUCGUCCGAGAAGCCUCAUGUCUCAGAGACGACUAUCAGUCUUGAUGACAUCUUCGUCGAAGGAACGCCAAGACCAAAGUCUGAUGAGGAUGAGGACAAGAUCGCUCAACGACUCAAGGAGUUUGAAGACACCCUUCGGGACAAGGCCAGAAGAACCGUCGAAUCGGAUUCGACUACCACGACACGUCAAACCGUCGAAACCACUGUCUCCUUGGAUGAUGUCUUUGACACCAAGAAGAGGCAGAUCACCGAAGAACCAUCAUCGUCCAAGAAGCCUCAUGUCUCAGAGACGACUAUCAGUCUUGAUGACAUCUUCGUCGAAGGAACGCCAAGACCAAAGUCUGAUGAGGAUGAGGACAAGAUCGCUCAACGACUCAAGGAGUUUGAAGACACCCUUCGGGACAAGGCCAGAAGAACCGUCGAAUCGGAUUCGACUACCACGACACGUCAAACCGUCGAAACCACUGUCUCCUUGGAUGAUGUCUUUGACACCAAGAAGAAGCAGAUCACCGAAGAACCAUCAUCGUCCAAGAAGCCUCAUGUCUCAGAGACGACUAUCAGUCUUGAUGACAUCUUCGUCGAAGGAACGCCAAGACCAAAGUCUGAUGAGGAUGAGGACAGCAAGAUCGCUCAACGACUCAAGGAGUUUGAAGACACCCUUCGGGACAAGGCCAGAAGAACCGUCGAAUCGGAUUCGACUACCACGACACGUCAAACCGUCGAAACCACUGUCUCCUUGGAUGAUGUCUUUGACACCAAGAAGAGGCAGAUCACCGAAGAACCAUCAUCGUCCAAGAAGCCUCAUGUCUCAGAGACGACUAUCAGUCUUGAUGACAUCUUCGUCGAAGGAACGCCAAGACCAAAGUCUGAUGAGGAUGAGGACAAGAUCGCUCAACGACUCAAGGAGUUUGAAGACACCCUUCGGGACAAGGCCAGAAGAACCGUCGAAUCGGAUUCGACUACCACGACACGUCAAACCGUCGAAACCACUGUCUCCUUGGAUGAUGUCUUUGACACCAAGAAGAGGCAGAUCACCGAAGAACCAUCAUCGUCCAAGAAGCCUCAUGUCUCAGAGACGACUAUCAGUCUUGAUGACAUCUUCGUCGAAGGAACGCCAAGACCAAAGUCCGAUGAGGAUGAGGACAAGAUCGCUCAACGACUCAAGGAGUUUGAAGACACCCUUCGGGACAAGGCCAGAAGAACCGUCGAAUCGGAUUCGACUACCACGACACGUCAAACCGUCGAAACCACUGUCUCCUUGGAUGAUGUCUUUGACACCAAGAAGAGGCAGAUCACCGAAGAACCAUCAUCGUCCAAGAAGCCUCUCGACCCACUUCAGGCUAUUCCAGAAAUUCGAAAAGUAGAACACGCACCAACUGUCGUUCCGAUCAAUUUUGAUCUGAUAUUUCCAAGUAAUAAUGAUCUUAAAAAUAUCGAAUCGAAUGAUGACAUCAGAGAGAAUAUCGCCAAUCAACUGGCUUCAAAUGAUGAUGGCGCAAACGGAUUCGCAACACAUACAAAAGGUCUUCUUCAUGCAUCUGAGUCCAGCGUGGAGAAUCCUGCAGAUCGCGAGCAUGAGAACUCUCUAGGUCUGAAUUUCACAAUUCGUGACGUUAAAUCUUCUUCUGUUCCCGAAAUAAACGUUUCGUCUGACGACAACAAUUCUUUGUCAUUUGUUGAGAAACUAGUUGGCAAUGGUGAAAAUGCAUUUAAUGAAGAACCCAAAACAAAUGUGCAAUCAACGCCGUCAAAUUCCAUUGAUAUUCUUCAUCAGAAAUCAGCUUCAACGCCUUCAAAUAUAAUUGCUUCAACUGAAUUGCGCAAUAUUGAUCACCAUUCAACUUCUCAAUGGCAUGAGUCAAUCAUGCCUGCUUCAAAACUAGGCUUAGAAAACUCAUUUUAUCAUGGGCGCACUCAAGAUGCCAAGCCAAUCGAAACUCCGCCGAACUCGGAGUCCGACUCGGAAAAUGUGCCAAAGUAUCGCAAGCAGAUGAAUGUCGAGAUUGAUCUCAACGAAAUCUUCUCAUCACCACCAACAACCGAUUUGGGAGCACCACAAACUGAAAGAAAGAUUGAUCAACCUUCGGACGACUUUAUUAGUAAAGUUGUUGAAGAGACGCCGAAAACUCCUCAUCAGCAAAUCACCAAUGAAUGCGGGUAUAGUCCUUCACCAACACGUGUAUCAUCCGAAAUAAAGUACGAAUGGGUGAGCGAUGCGAUCCAGCCGGAUGACAAAGUCAUUUCCGAUAUUUCUUUCGUCUCGAGUGUCGUUUAUCGUCCCCCAAGUUCGCCAUACUCUUAUACAAUUCGCAAUAGCCGGGUAGAGCCUGAAUCACUAGUCAUGCCAUCGACUAGUAGCUGGUUGGAAGAUCUUCUGGUAGAAAUGAAAGCAGUUGACGAUGCGGAGAAGCGACACAGCGGGAAUAGCAUUGACCUCGACGAAGUUUUUCGAAGUUUCGAAUGCGUUUCAGUUGAUGGCGAGAAAUGCAAUUGUUCGGCGUGCAGAUUGGCGAUGCUAUCUGACGACGAACUACAAAUGCUGAAAAUGCGUUGGAAGACGCAGAAUAAGAUCGAGCCAGCAAAAAAUGCGACGUCUUCUUCAGAAUAUUUCACAAGACCAACACAAAAUGCAAUCGAUAUUCCUCUUGAUCAAAUUUUUAAUCCACAAAUGUCAGCAUCAAUCGAUGCAGAAUUCACAAAAGAAAUCAAAGCGGAAAUCAUUGGAAACAAAUCGGAGCCAUCAACACUGUGCGUCGAAACCGUCUACCAAGUUCCCAUUGAUGAGAACCUUCAUAUUGCCACGGAUGACAUUCCAAUACCAUCGACAUCUUCACCGCCGAUCAAUAACACAAUAAGCUACGCAAUUUCACCGAAAGUGGUUGAAACUGUGACGAGAGAGCACCGCUGGAAAAAUACGAACGAGAAUUUGGAUAAAUCGGAAAUAAAUCUGGAUAAGAUAUAUACCAUGUCUCCGUUAUCCGACGAAUCACGAAGAUUCUCAACGUACUACGAAGAUCGGUCAGGUUGGGAAACGGUAAGAAGCGAGGAUAGCGGUGUGGCAUCUGCCGGUAGAAGAUGGUCUACGAAACACUCUGAUAAAGUUGUUGACGAAGCUUUCAAUGAUAUAUUCGAGCAAAAUUCAAAAUCUGACUUGCCAUACGAUGAUUAUUACAUCACAUCGCUCAACGAAGAAACAAAUUCUGAUGGGCCUUUGGAUGUUUCCCAGUUCGUUGAUGACAUACUGGGCAAAAGUCUUGAUGAAGCGGCUUUCCUUGCUAGUCAAAAAAGGCAUGAUUUCGAGCAUCAUCCUUAUUAUCGAAAACAAACGGAUACCAGCAUUGAUAAGAGAAGCAAGCCAAUUGUUAUCGAAGAAAUCCGAACAGAUGAGGUGAACAAUUUUGCCACAACCAGCAGUGAUGACGAAAUCAUCAAAUUAAUUUUUGACAAAAAUUCGCAAGAAACUGUCGAGGAAAUUAAUGACGAUGAAGAAGUUGCUUCCAGUUCAUACGAAAUUGUUACCAACGUUACAACUACAAAGUUUAUUGAGAUUAAUGAAAAACUCAACAAUGAAGAGUAUUUGGAAAUUGUCGUUCGGCCAUCGUUCUAUAUUGUACAAGGGUCUUAUUAUCUCGUGAUCAACAAAAAUGAUCCACUUGGAUUACUAUUGCAGAAAAUACAAGAAAAAGACGGAAACUUGGCGACAUUGGAUUUCUCAUUGACACGCAAGCUUAAAAGACUUAUUAUGAGCUGUAUUCGAGAGAAAGCGUUGAAUAUGCGAGGAGUUGAAGGAGUCUCAUAUCGAGGACAAUAUCUCAUUAGUUCUGAUGAUUAUGCAUCCAGCACAUUCCAUAAAAUGAAUGCGAAUAAAUAUGACGCGAAAAGAAAUCCGGAGGGAAUAGUUAAUUUCUGCACUGCUGAAAACAACAUCUGCACACCACUCCUUCAGGAACAAUUCAAACACUUGGAGUUGUUUAUUCCAAAUACCGAACAUCUUGUCAGAUACCCACCAAGUGGAGGAUGGCCAGAGCCGAAACUUGCUUUGAAAAAGUAUUUUGCUGAAUUCAUGAAAGCCGAUGUUGAUGAAGGAGACCUCGUGCUCACCGCUUCAACGCGUACAGGAUACGAUGUCGUCAGUUAUUGCCUUUUCGAAGCUGAUGAUAUUCUUCUAACCACCGGACCAGUGUACUCAGGAACAGUAUCUAACUGCAACGAACGUGCUCAUUGCGUUGUCGAAUCGGUUCCUGUUGAUUUGGAAAACCCAAAACUCGAUGUCUCCGCCUACCAAAAGGCGUUCGAAGAUUUUUCGAAAAAAGAUUGCGCUGUUAAAGGUGUCGUGAUUGUGAACCCACAUAAUCCACUUGGAGUCGUUUUCCCACCAGAGCAGGUCAUCGAAUUGUGUAAUUGGGCUGCAAGAACCGGGCUUCAUGUGAUCAUCGAUGAAGUGUUCGCGAACUGCGUAUUCGAAAAACAAUCUCGAUUCAAGUCAUACCUUUCAUAUCGACACAAAUUACUUAAAUCUGACAAUGUCGCAUAUUUGUGGAGUGUUAGCAAAGAUUUCGGUCUUCCUGGAUUGAAAUUCGCAGUGAUUCAUACAACUAAUGAAUCUCUUCGAAGAGCUGCCACCAAACUUCAAAUGUAUCACCCAUGCUCGCCGUUCGCGUCAGAUUUUGCUGUCAAGCUUUUAUCAGAUUUUGAUUGGCUGCACUCAUUCCACACGGAAGUCAAUCGUAGAAUUCGAUUGCACUAUGAAUAUACUGCUGCAAAUCUUGAUAGACUCGAAAUUCCAUUCGUUAAAGCGGAAGCUGGAAUUUUCGUCUUUGCGGAUUUGUCCAAGCAUUUGUCAAGCCUACGUGAAGAAUGCGAGCUCGAGCUCUGGAAUCGGUUUGCCGAAGGCGGUGUCAUGCUGACGCCGGGCGUUCAUCAGAAAUGCCACGCAUUCGGAUGGUACCGACUGGUAUACGCCUGCAGUCUCACGGAGCUCAUUGAAGGAAUUCGCCGCCUCUAUCAACUGCUCGGAAGCCCACUAGAACCAUUGGAUCCUUUUAAAUAUUGA